UAGCUAAGUAGGAUUCACGUCAGGAAUAAAAAAAGCAAUAGCGGGAGUCAUCGUUUGUUGUUGUGUUGUGAUCUCCGAACCAAGAUAGAGAGAGAGACAAUAAUACCAAACCUUCACAACAGAAUCUCUGUCUCACUUCCAAUCCAACACACUUUCUUUCUGUCGAGAUCUCUCUUCUGCUUUCUAAACCAAGCUGAUGGCAGUGCAGGAAGCAAACCCUUCUACUACUCCUAGUCCCCAAGUUGUUGGCAAUGCCUUUGUGGAGCAAUAUUAUCACAUUCUGCAUCAAUCCCCUGACUUGGUGCACAGGUUCUAUCAGGAUUCGAGUCUCUUGAGUAGAUCAGACAGCAAUGGUGUGAUGAAGACUGUCACAACUACACAAGCAAUCAAUGAAACAAUUGUUUCCCUGAAUUAUGAAGAUUGUACAGCAGAAAUAAAAACUGCAGAUGCUCAGGAGUCCUAUGAGAAAGGUGUGAUAGUUUUAGUUACUGGAUGCUUAACUGGGAAGGAUAAUGUGAGAAGGAAGUUCUCACAGACAUUCUUCUUGGCUCCACAAGAUAAAGGAUAUUAUGUCUUAAAUGACGUCUUUCGGUACAUUGAGGAGAAUGAUGCCCCACAGUUAAGUUCUGCCUCAAUAAAUACUGUCAUCAAUGAAAAUGCUGAGGCUGUGCACAUACCAGAAUCAGAGGACAUAAACCCUUCCGAACAUCUUGUGGAAGAUCCUGCAACCUCCGCAGUGGAUGAAAACCCUAAUAAUGGGGAUGAAGUUUAUUAUCCUAUGGACAACAAGGAAGAAGGAUUGGUUAUUGAUGAAGAGGUUGCUGCACCGCCUAACGAUCCAAGUGAGAAUGAUAUUGUUACAAUUCAAGAUCCAACUUCUGCAGUCCAGGAUGAUGCACGAAAGACAUCAUAUGCGUCAAUUGUAAUGAAAAGUAACACAGCAUCUGGUCGUGUCUAUGUUCCCAGCCGAGCUGCAAGAGUGGCGUCUGCUAAAUCCAAUGAACAACGGCAUGCUACCACGAAAUCUACUCCUGGGCCUGAGGCAUUAGCACCCAGUAGUGACAGUGCACCAAGGACCAGUGACGUUCCUGAAGAAGCUGAAGGUCAUUCCAUAUACAUACGGAACUUGCCAUUUAAUGCAACAAUUGAACUUCUUGAAGAGGUUUUUAAGAAAUUUGGUCCUAUUAAGCAUGGUGGAGUCCAAGUAAGAAGCAGUAAGCAUGGUUUCUGUUUUGGCUUUGUUGAAUAUGAGGAAUUGAGUUCUGUGCAAAAUGCACUUAAGGCUUCACCUAUCACUGUUGGUGAGCGGCAAGCUGUUAUUGAGGAAAAGAUAUCGAGCACACGAGUAAGUGAUGGCGGAAGAGGGAGGCAUCCUUCGGGAAGAGGUGGUUUCCGAGGCGAGGGUUUCCGGGGGCGUGGGAGAUUUGGUGGUGGACGAGGUUUUGGAAGAAAUGAAUUCAGAAACCAAGGGGAGUUCUCAGGACGACCUAGGAGUUCUCACAGGACAAGUCAAAAUGGAGGUGGGCGUGGUGGGCGCCAUGGUGUGGGGAACCAUAAUGUUACACCAUCUACUCCAGUGUGAGAAUAUUGGUUAAUAAAGAAAGAAGAAAACAAAGCAAACGCUGCUGGUUGAUAAUUUUUUUUAUAAACCAAACACAAAAACCUCUUUGUUUUCCCUUGUUUAGGCACAAGUGCAGGUUUCUGAAUUUCAUCAUUGCAAUUUGCAAUUACUCAAAUAGAAGAGGAGUGGAUUCACCCGCCCUUGCCGAAGUGUUUUGUAUCGGUCAUGUAAUAUUUUUUCAACUUCUCUUGGGUUUCUCAUUAUGUUAAAGAGACUAUUGAGCAAGAGUGUUCCUCCAAUUGAGUUGUUAACAUAAAUUUCCAAUGUGGAAAAGUUUACCUUGUAAUUUUUUUCUCUGUAAUAAGCUCAAAGGAAAUGGAAAUAUUUUGAUUGAUGAGGUGAGUGUAGGAAGAGUUUUUGUGCAUGUUUUCUGCCUUUGCUUCAGUUGAAAUUGGUAUACUAAAUUGGGCUGUAAUGACAUUGGAAACAAAAUAUUUUCAUACAGGAAGAUAGUGUGAAGUCCACUGGCUUCUGCUUUUUAUGUAA